UGCACGUUCAUUCCGAGGUGGUGAAACUAUGGUUGAUACCAUCCGUGUGCGUUCAUGCAGAAACGACCACACAUACACCCAUACAUGUCCACUGACCCACCUGUAACUCCAACAAUUAAUUAUUAAAGAACAUUAAGGAACCUCUCUGUGUCCUGCUGAUCAGAGCCCCUGUCCUCAAAGUGCUAUCAAGCCAGCACCCACUCACAUCCAGCACCCCUCAUAGUUUUCUGCCAAACAGCAGUUCAUAUGGAACAAAUCCUGUAGAGGCCUGGGAAACCUCCUGCACUGCAAACAGAGGAUCUAGCUAACUAUCCCAAUUACAGUCAUCCUCGUGCACAAACUGUAUAUCAAAACUGAGUGAAUGUGGUAUACAGGGUUACCAGCUUACAUUCAGGAAAAGAUGCACACAAAUGUUGCAUUAAGGGGUGCAUCCGGUGGGAGCUAUUCACGGCCUUGACACUAUGCCUUACCCCCGAUAUCUAAUUUCUACUGGCACAACAGGAUAUUUGUGAACGUCCCCAUGCACACACUUAUGAACCCAUGAUGCCUAACCAAAGACCGAGUCAAAUCAGUUUUUGGGGAAUUAUAGACUUUGCACAGCCAGAAUCCACCAUUGCCCAAUGUAUACCACCUGGAUCCUUACCGGAAUGCUGGGGGCACUCCAUGAGGGGGCACUCUCUGAGGAAGUGUUGGCCCCACUUCCAGCAGUCCUGCUUUGGUGCUUGUGGAACCCCAGGUGGACCCCAAAGUGACACCAUUGAUUCAGCCCCUCAGACGUCUACCGCUUGCCCUCCGGGAUGGUGUUGCAGCCAAACUCUGGAUUUGUGUGGCUAGGAGAUCACCACUCUCUUCCAUGGCUCAAAGCAGGUGGUGGAGUACAGCCAAUCGAGAGCCAGGGCCCAGAACCACUCCACCAAUCCUGGCACGGCUAUGGCACACACCUAUUUGCUUUGGAGAUUGAAGACGAAAAAAACACAGGGCACACACACAAAGCACUCACAGCAGUUUGAAAUAAAAAUAAUGACUACAGUCAUAACAAUAUGUAUUUCACUUUGGCUAUUGUACUGGAAAGGUAGAAAGCAGAGGUCAAAGGGGAAGUGAUCAGAACCAUGGACAGCACUUGGUCAGAGUGCCUAGAGGUAAAAACUAUAGCUGUGCCUCAAUAGUCAAGGCUGCAAAUGUGCAGCUGACUGGGCCAGUGGGCCUGUGUUCUUAAAUAUAUACUAGCCCACACAACUCAAGGGUCCCUUUCUUCUUCUCCUAAUAGAAUCUGGCAGACAUAAUUCAGUGAGAUCUGAGACCAUGGAUGAUAUAAAACAGUUAGGGGAUGAAGUAGGCCACAAGGAGUUGACCAUCUCUCUGUUUUCUUAUUACAAGGAUGUCCCCCAGAAUCAUUGUCUAAGCAGGGCUAAGGUGUGUCUCAAACCUGGAUGACAAGCCACAAGACAAUCUGGCAGAGAUACACGUGUACAGAGCGUUAGGGAAGAAGAUGAUGAGUCAGUGGGGAACUGAAGGUGGAAGGUGAGAGGAUAAAAGGAGCAAGCUGUGGAGCAACCAUCUACAUUGACAACCGCACAGGAUCAGGAACGAUAAUGGGAAAAGUGUUGUGGCUGCUGGCUUCUCUGGCCUCUGUGACUUAUCUGGUUGAUGGUUCUCCACUGAAGGUGAUGUCUGCCCCAAAUGUGUUACGUGUAGGAACAACAGAGAACAUCUUUGUGGAGUGUCAAGACUGUACAGGGGGAGACAUACUGGUUCACAUCAACGUAAUGGACCAUCCAACCAAGCUGGUGACCACAUCUGUGACCCUUACCAGUGCAAAUAACUUCCAGGCACUUGGACAAAUAAAGAUCCCUGCUGCAGGGUUUAGCAAGGACGCCACCGUGAAGCAGUAUGUCAACCUGCAAGCUCAGUUCCCUGACCGCUUGCUGGAGAAAGUCGUCCUUGUGUCCUUCCAUUCCGGCUACAUCUUCAUCCAGACUGACAAGAGCCUCUACACCCCUGACAGUAAAGUUCUUUACAGGCUGUUUGCAGUGACACCUCGUAUGGAGCCCGUGGAGAUGAAUGACUUAAUAGACAUUGAGAUUAUGACUCCUAAAGGCAUCACUUUAGCUGUUGAAUCAGCCUCUCAAACAUCGGGAAUCCACUCUAAUGAUUUCAAACUAGGUGAAAAUGUCAGUCCUGGAGUCUGGAAAGUGGUGGCCAAAUUCCGCAACAACCCACAGCAGAGCUACACUGCAGAGUUUGAGGUCAAAGACUAUGUGCUGCCAGGUUUUGAGGUGAAGCUGACGCCUUUGAGCUCCUUCUUCUAUGUGGACAGUCCCGAUCUCACUGUCAUCAUCAAAGCUUCGUAUCUGUUUGGUGAAGAGGUAACUGGCACAGCAUACGUGGUAUUUGGGGUUGUGCAUGAAGGUCAGAAGAGGAGCUUUCCGAACGCUCUUCAGAGAGUAGCGAUUGAAAAUGGUGCUGGAGUGGCCAAACUGAAGAGGGAACACAUCACACAGACCUUCCAGAAUAUCGACCAGCUUGUGGGGAGUUCCAUAUUUGUAGCAGUCAGUGUGCUGACAGAGAGUGGUAGUGAAAUGGUGGAGGCAGAGGUGAGAGGCAUCCAGAUCGUUACAUCCCCCUACACCAUUCACUAUAAGAGAACGCCCAAAUAUUUCAAACCAGGAAUGUCCUUCGAUGUUUCGAUUGAAGUUGUGAAUCCAGAUGAAACUCCAGCUAAAGGUGUUGCUGUGAUGGUGAAUCCAGGUGAAGUGAAUAGUUUGACUGCAGCUAAUGGCCUUGUAAAGCUUACCAUCAAUACAGAGGCAAGAGCAUCAGUUCUGAGAAUCACUGCAACAACCAGGGAUCCUCGUAUUUCACCGGAAAGACAAGCAUCAGCCACCAUGGUAGCUCUUCCGUAUAAAACUAAAAGCAACAGCUACAUCAACAUAGAUGUGUAUACAGCAGAACUACAGUUAGGAGACAAUCUGAAGUUUAUCCUCAACUUGAACAGGCCGUCAAAUCAAGACACUGAUAUCACAUACCUGAUCCUGAGCAGAGGUCAGUUGAUCCGACAUGGCCAUUACAGGACAAGAGGACAAGUAAUGAUUUCCCUGACCGUUCCCAUCAUCAAAGACAUGCUGCCAUCAUUCCGCAUCAUAGCCUACUACCAUCCAAAUGACAAUGAAGUGGUAUCAGAUUCUGUCUGGGUGGAUGUCAAGGACUCCUGCAUGGGCUCGCUGAAGUUAGAACCCUUGAGACCUGCUACAUCCUAUGAGCCUCGAAGGGUGUUUGGUCUGAAGGUUACUGGAGAUCCAGGAGCCACAGUUGGACUGGUGGCAGUUGACAAAGGAGUCUUCCUGAAUAACAAGCACCGCCUCACCCAGAAAAAGGUGUGGGACAUUGUGGAGAAAUAUGACACAGGCUGCACCCCUGGUGGAGGAAAGGAUGGUAUGAAUGUGUUCUACGAUGCUGGGCUGUUGUUUGAAUCCAGCACAGCUUCUGGAACUCCUUACAGACAAGAACUAAAAUGUCCAGCCCCCAGCAGGAGGAGAAGACAAACCCCUAUUAUGGACGUCACAAGCAGCUCAAGUGAGGUUGAAGACAGUUACAUGGACAGCAAUGAGAUAGUGUCUCGCACUCGGUUCCCUGAAAGUUGGCUGUGGACAGACAUCAUUCUGCCCUCUUGCAACACACCCAACUGUGCAUUCAACAAAAACGUUCCUUUACCAGACUCAAUCACAACCUGGCAGUUGACUGGCAUUAGUCUGUCAACAACCCAUGGAAUCUGUGUCAGUGAGCCGUUAGAAGUGAUUGUCCGGAAGGACUUCUUCAUUGACCUUAUGCUGCCCUACUCUGCUGUCCGUGGAGAGCAGCUAGAAAUUAAGGCAAUCCUCCACAACUACAGCCCCGAUUUUAUCACUGUGCGUGUGGAUCUGACUAAGAUGGAGGAUGUGUGCAGUAUAGCGUCUAAACGUACAAGAUAUCGUCAGGAUGUCACAGUCGGGCCCCUGACUAAACGAUCAGUUCCCUUCAUCAUUAUACCCAUGAAGUACGGACGAUUCAAGAUUGAGGUCAAAGCAGCCGUGAAGAACUUGUCGCUCAAUGAUGGAGUCAUGAAGAUGCUGCGGGUGGUGCCUGAAGGUGUACUAAUUAAGUCUGUACAGACUAUAAUUCUAGACCCCUCACACAAAGAUGCCGGAGGAAAACAAGAAGAAAUCCUUAAUAGUGGAAUUCCAAAGAAAGACUGGGUUCCUAACACACCUACAGGCACACAGAUCUCUGUGACAGGGAGUGAAGUUGGUCCAUUGGUGGAGAACGUCAUUAGUGGGGAGUCGAUGACUUCAUUGAUCCAGUUGCCACACGGCUGUGGAGAGCACAACAUGAUCCACAUGACUCUACCCGUCAUCGCAACCAUGUAUUUGGACAAAACUAACCAGUGGGAAACUGUGGGCGUUCAGAGACGGAAUGAAACCCUCCAGCAUAUCAGGACCGGCUACAAUAAUGAACUCGCCUUCCGUAAACGAGAUGGAUCUUUUUCAGCAUGGCCCAGGGCCAAAAGUAGCACGUGGCUCACAGCUUAUGUGGUCAAGGUGUUUGCCAUGUCCUACAACCUGGUGGAAAUGCAGAAGAAUGUAAUCUGUGACGCUGUCAAGUUUCUGAUUUCCAAUGCACAGCAACCUGAUGGCAUGUUCAGAGAAGUCGGAAGGGUGAUCCACAGAGAGAUGAGUGGUGAUGUUCAAGGCUCAGAUUCAGAUGCCUCCAUGACGGCGUUCUGCCUCAUCGCCAUGCAGGAGUCACGCAAGCUAUGUGCUGACACAGUUAGUAGUCUGCCUGGAAGUACUGACAAAGCCGUGGCCUACCUGGAGAGGCGUUUGUCCAGCCUCACCAACCCAUAUGCUGUAGCCAUGUCAUCAUACGCCCUGGCCAACGAAGACAAACUGAACAGAGAGAUCUUCUACAAUUUUGCUUCCCCAGAGUUGUCCCACUGGAAUGUUCCUAAAGGAAGUGUUUAUACAUUAGAGGCCACAGCUUAUGCUCUUCUUGCUCUGGUCAAGGCCAAGGCCUUGGAAGAAGCUAGACCUAUUGUGAGAUGGUUCAACAAACAGCAGAGGGAUGGUGGAGGCUAUGGCUCAACUCAGGCUACGAUGAUAGUGUACCAGGCUGUAGCAGAAUACUGGGCCAGUGCUCAAGAACAAGAGUAUGAUCUGUAUGUGGACAUCCAUUUGCCUCACAGGGCCAAGCCAGAGAAGAUCAACUUCAACAGGAACAACCACCACACGACCAGAACUUUAAAAUUCAGUGAUAUAAACCAGGAUGUUAAAGUGACUGCGACAGGAACUGGAGAAGCAACACUGAAGAUGGUGUCACUGUAUUACGCUCUGCCGAAGGAAAAAGAGAGUGACUGUCAGAAGUUUAACUUGUCAGUGGAGCUUAUUCCAGAGAAAAUGGAUGAGGAUGAGGCGAUAUACAAACUGAGAAUAGAAGUCUUAUAUAAGAACAAGGAUCACGAUGCAACUAUGUCAAUCUUGGAUAUUGGCUUACUAACUGGCUUCACUGUCAACACAAAUGACCUGGACUUGUUGGCCCAAGGACGAGCCCGUACCAUUGCAAAAUAUGAGAUGGACACAGUUCUGUCAGAGAGAGGUUCAUUGAUCAUCUACCUGGACAAGGUUUCUCACACACGAUCAGAGGAGAUCACUUUUAGGAUCCACCAGACUCUGAAAGUGGGCGUCAUGCAACCAGCGGCUGUAUCUGUCUAUGAAUAUGAUGACCAAACACAAUGUGUGAAAUUCUACCAUCCAGAGAGGAAAGAUGGGCAGCUGCUGAGGCUCUGUAGAGAUGCAGAAUGCACAUGUGCUGAAGAGAACUGCAGCAUGCAGAAGAAGGGUAAAAUCAGCAAUGAUUUACGCACAGCUAAACCCUGUGAGAGUACACCUACCAGCAAAAUAGAUUUUGUUUACAAAGUGAGAGUGGAAGAAUUCACCGAUGGUUUGACUGCUGAUAUUUACACAAUGCGGAUAAUGGAAGUGAUCAAAGAAGGAUAUUAUGAUGUUGGUUCCCUGGGUACAUUCCUCAGUCUCCCUCGCUGCAGGUGGGCUUUAGAUCUGGUUAAAGGCAAAACGUAUCUCAUCAUGGGAACAUUGGAGGAUGUUUACCAACCGCAUCAGUAUGUUCUCAGUGAGAGAACCUGGAUCGAGUACUGGCCCACAGAGGCAGAGUGUGGAACAGAUGAACACAGGUCAACAUGUUUGGGCUUGGAGGAGAUGGUCACGCAGUACACUCUCUUUGGAUGUCUACUGUAGUACAACACCAGAAAAUCCACUGUCUUUCUCACAUUUUUUUUUUUUUUGCAUUCUUUAUGCAAAACUUUAACUGUUAUAAGAUGUACGAGAUUGAAAAGUUAAUCUGUGCGAAAUAAACUGUAAAGUCUUCCUCUAA